AUGAGCAAAGUCACCCCACUCAGGAUCGUCCUCUCCCUCGCAGCACCCCGCCCCUCGCUUCGCAGGCCGACAUCUUUCGCCCAACGGUUAUACUCGACCCCUCGCUCGUCGGCCGCGGCACACGCUCAGUCUCAAGCUACUGCCGACCUUCUCAAUAAGGGCAGCACAGCUGGAGCUGGUGCUGGAGAGCAGGACCAUGCUGGACCUUUUCCAUUGGGAGUAGGUGCUGGUGGGGGGAGUAAGCCUUGGAGGACUUGGCGAGAGUUAGGUCUGGGCGGGAAGCUGGUACGAACAGUGCGCCAGUCAGGAAAUUUGGCAGUUAUCAUUGCUGGUGGCACGCUGUUUGUCGUCUUGACGCUGGCUCUCACGACCGAGCUCUUUGCUCGCAACUCGCCUUCUGUUCUGUACGCUGCAGCGGUCGAUAUGAUUCGCGCUUCGGAUGGCCUGGACCAGUACCUCCUACCCCCCAUCAAAUUCACCCACUCUCCACACUCGUCUUCCCCCGUCCGCGGCACUCCCUCCAUCAGUUCCACCACCGUCCGCAACCUUUCCUCCGGCAAGGAGCAUCUCAUCAUCUCAUUCUGGGUGCACGGCCGAGGCAAGGAUGAAGAAUUGUCCCUGGGCUGGCUGAGAAGAGCAUGGGUGAGCACAAAGGCGUAUGCAAAGGAGAGUGUAGAGGCUUUGGGGUUGGUUGGGCAAGAGCCGGAAGGGUUGGCAAAGGAAGCUUUCAAGGAAGACUUGAUAGAAGAAGGACGAAGACUAGAAGCAGCAGGGCAGAAAAAGUCUGGAAGGUGGUUCAGCUGGCUUGGGGGGCUCAACCUUCGAGCAGCGGCGAGUUCAGUCAGGAUUACCGGGAGAGAACCGGACCCUGCUGGGACUUAUACCACUGGUGAAGCUAGGGGAGAGUACGUCAAGGAUGAAAAUGGACAUUACCAGCUCCUAUCGCUUAUCGUCGAUGUCCCCUCCUCGCGCGCGGCAUACCCUGGAAGAGCUGUCAUCCAUCAAACACCCGAAGCCGAGGUUGAGGGACUUUUGGGAAAGAGGAUCAGAUAA